CCAAGGUUUUUAGCUCGCUCGGGCUCUGGCUCCCCCUGCCCUCCCCGCCCCGGCCCUCCGGACGCCGUGGGGGGCCCCCGCUGCCCAUCCCCCUCUCGCAGACCCCGCCGCGGGGGGCGAGGUGCCCCGGACACGGGGAGGGGGCGUGCGCGCCGCCUCCCCCUCGCCGGCCCGGGCAUGGAUAGCAGCUGCAGGCGCGCUGCUAGGAGCCCUGAGGAGCGCAGCGGCCCCGGGUAGCCCCGAGGCUGAGUCCGAGACAAAGGCGGCAUCCUGCGGGGAAGGAGACGGGAGCGCCGCCUGCACCUGGCUAGCCCCCCUCGCCGUGCCCGCCGCUGGGCUCUCCACGCCGAGCCUGGGGAACUUGCCUUGAGGCGCCUACGAGCUCCCCCGGGGACCAGAGGGGUGGUCCCGGCCCCAGCGCGUCUAGCUCCAAGUUUCCGACCCCCCAGCGAGGAAGCCUCAAGCCCGUGCCCAGCCGGGGCAUCGGGGCUCUCCGAUCGCCCUCCGCAGCCCAGCCCAGCCAGCGCCGCCAGCAUGAGCGGCGGCGGGGCCGGGCGGGGCGAGCCCCGGAGGCCGGGCUGGGCCGGGACCCUCCUGGGCAGCGGGGAGCUGCUGCUGCUGCUGUUCGUGUGGCUGGGCCCCCUGACCUGCAGCGGGGUGGCCGGGGAUAACGAAGUCAACGCCGAGAACUGGCUGCGUUUCUACGGCUACCUCCCCCAACCCAGCCGCCAGAUGUCCACCAUGAGGUCGGCUCAGAUCCUGGCGUCUGCCAUCUCCGAGAUGCAGCGUUUCUAUGGGAUCACUGUCACAGGCGUGCUGGAUGAGGAGACAAAAGCGUGGAUGAAGCGGCCUCGCUGUGGGGUGCCAGACCAAUUUGGGGUACGGGUGAAAGCCAACAUGCGGCGGAAACGCUACGCUCUCACCGGGAGGAAAUGGAACAGCCAUCACCUGACCUUCAGCAUUCAGAACUACACAGAGAAGCUGGGUUGGUACAACUCCUUGGAGGCGGUGCGGCUGGCCUUCCGAGUGUGGGAGCAGGCCACGCCCCUGGUCUUCCAGGAGAUCCCCUAUGAGGAUAUCCGGCAACGGCGGCAGAAGGAAGCGGACAUCAUGGUGCUCUUUGCCUCUGGUUUCCAUGGCGACAGCUCCCCCUUUGAUGGUGUGGGAGGCUUUCUGGCCCACGCUUACUUCCCUGGCCCAGGCAUGGGCGGAGAUACCCAUUUUGAUGCCGAUGAACCCUGGACCUUCUCCAACACUGACCUACAUGGAAACAACCUCUUUCUGGUGGCUGUGCAUGAGCUGGGCCACGCCCUGGGGCUGGAGCACUCCAACAACCCCAGUGCCAUCAUGGCGCCCUUCUACCAAUGGAUGGACACAGACAACUUCCAGCUGCCUGAAGAUGACCUCCGGGGCAUCCAGCAGCUCUAUGGUACCCCAGAUGGCCAGCCUCAGCCCACCCGGCCCCUUCCCACAGUGCCACCCCGACGCCCAGGCCGGCCUGAUCACCGACCACCCCGACCGCAACCACCACCACCUCCAGGGGGGAAGCCAGAUCGACCCCCCAAACCAGGGCCUCCUAGCCAGCCACGAGCCACAGAGAGACCAGACCAAUAUGGCCCCAACAUCUGUGACGGGGACUUUGACACCGUGGCCAUGUUACGAGGGGAGAUGUUCGUGUUCAAGGGCCGCUGGUUCUGGAGGGUGCGGCACAACCGGGUAUUGGACAACUACCCUAUGCCCAUCGGGCACUUCUGGCGGGGGCUACCCAGCGACAUCAGUGCUGCCUAUGAGCGUCAGGAUGGACGUUUUGUCUUCUUCAAAGGGGAUCGGUACUGGCUCUUCCGUGAGGCCAACCUGGAGUCUGGUUACCCCCAGCCUCUAACAAGCUAUGGACUGGGCAUACCCUAUGACCACAUCGACACAGCCAUCUGGUGGGAGCCCACAGGACACACGUUUUUCUUCCAGGAGGACAGGUACUGGCGUUUUAAUGAGGAUACUCAGCGAGGAGACCCGGGCUACCCUAAGCCCAUCAGCGUCUGGAAGGGAGUUCCGUCUUCACCCAAGGGGGCCUUCCUAAGUAAUGAUGCAGCCUACACCUACUUCUACAAGGGCACCAAGUACUGGAAGUUUGACAACGAGCGGCUACGGAUGGAGCCUGGGUACCCCAAGUCCAUCCUUCGGGACUUCAUGGGCUGCCAAGAGGAGCCGGCCGAUCCCGAUGCCGGGCGCCGCUGGCCUGACCUGCACCGGCCACCCUUCAACCCUAACGGCGGAGGCAGGGAAGAGGAGGAGCAUGAGGAGGAUGGGGCCCAGCCUCGGCCCGGGGAGGAGGACCAGGAUAAUAACGAGGUGGUGGAGGAUGACGAGGCAGACUAUGGGGAUGACGGCAAAGGCGGCGGCAACCGCGUGGUGGUGCAGAUUGAUGAGUACACACGGACCAUGAACGUGGUCAUGGUGCUGGUGCCACUGGUGCUGCUUCUCUGCAUUUUGGGCCUCAUCUACGUCAUCAUCCAGAUGCAGCGAAAAGGUGCCCCGAGGAUGCUGCUGUACUGCAAACGCUCCCUGCAGGAGUGGGUCUGACCUCAGCCCAGCCCCUGAUGCCUGCCCCACCCCCACCCAGCCCCCUCCCCUGCCCCUCCCACACGGUGCUAACCCGUAGACAUGUGUGUAUAUACUGUGUUUGUUGAUGACUUCUGAGAUGCUGACGUUGAUCUCUUCUGUCCAUGGAUGUGGGUGUGGGCUCCCUGCUCAUCACCAGGGAUUCUGAGCAUCCUUAAAAUGAAUGUUCCCUCUGACAGCUCCAGAGGCUGGCAGCAGCCUGGAGACCCCCUCCCCUGGUCCCCUUGUCUAUUUAUACUAAGAUGCCUUUUCUUCCUUCGUUCCUUCCUUCCCUCUCCUCCUCCCUCCCUCCCUCCCUCCCUCCCUCCCUCUCUCU